AUUGUCAAUAAGCCCUCGCAAGAAAUAUUUGAACUGGACACCCAUUUCUAUGGCGGAAACACUCUCUCUGCCAGCCUGAUCGAGCGAAACCCUAAUUAUUAUCUCCACUAUGAACAGCGGAGGAGGAGGAAGAGGAGGAGGAGACAUGGGUUCGCCUCCACCGAAGCCCUCGAAGUUCGCGGUGUAUCAGAACCCAGCUCUCUCCGCCGCCAUGAGCACCAACAGCCUCCGCCCCACUAAACCCACUUUCCUCUGCAUCCUCUCUCUCUCCACCGCCUCUGCCUUCGCUCUUCUCAGCUUCUCUGCCAGGGAAAAUGGGCUUAUCGACAGUUUGAAACUCGGGUUUAUUUCCCCUGAUGUUGCUUAUUUAUUCGCCAAAGCAAUACAGAUUAUGCUUGGUUCAUUUUUUGUUGGAACCAUGUUUGCCUUUAUCAAAGCGAUUUCCCUAUGGAGAGCAAGAAAUGCUGCAGGUAUAGCAGUUAUAUCGCCCUCUAAAGGAACGAAGGAGCAAACCCUUCUUACAAAUCGACAACUAGGGCUUCUUGGAAUAAGGUCAAAGGUGGCUGUAACGGAACCUCUGAGGAAACCUCCCAAAACCAAAUUCAACUCAGCAUCUACUGCUGAUGUUCUUGUUCCACUUCAUCAGCCAGUAACUAGUUCCAAUCGUUCAUCUCAACUCAGCGGUGGCAAAUCAAACACUAGUAGUGGGAGUAAGACCCAUUCUUUCAGCACGCCAUCCAAGCCAUCAGGUUCUCCAUCUCUUUUGUAUCUUGUACCUGCAGCUUCUUCACAAUUACCUUCUGCUCAGACUUCACCAGGUUUUGAUCAAUUGGUUGCCACCCCUUGGUUGAAUAAGCGAGCUUCCUUUAAUAAAGAGAUAACAACUGAAGAAGAGCUUGAACAGUUCUUGGCUGAUGUUGGUGAGAAAAUUUCUGAAUCUGCUGGAAAAAUGGCAACUCCACCUCCCACCAUAAGUGGUUUUGGUAUGGCCAGUCCUAACGCAAUUGCCAGUUCAGCUAACACUUCUGGAACUACAAGAAGUACACCGUUGAGGCCUGUCAGGAUGUCUCCUGGUUCCCAGAAGUUCAGCACUCCUCCCAAGAAGGGAGAAGGAGAUCUUCCUCCGCCCAUGUCCAUGGAAGAGUCAAUUGAAGCUUUUGAGCGUCUUGGCAUAUUUCCUCAGAUUGAGCUGUGGCGUGAUCGCAUCAGGCAGUGGUUUUCUUCAGUUCUGCUAAAUCCUCUGCUAAACAAGAUUGAAACCAGUCACAUGCAGGUCAUGCAAGCAGCUGCAAAACUUGGUAUCUCAAUUACAAUUAGUAAAGUGGGAAGUGAUUUACCAACUACUGGAACUCCUGCUACUGUUUCUCCAAUUGAGAGACGGCCUAAUGACUGGAAGCCAGCAUUUGAUCUCGAUGAAGAUGGUCUUCUUCAUCAAUUACGUGCUACCCUUGUACAAGCUUUGGAUGCUUCUAUGCCAAAGUUACCUUUAGGCAAUCUGCAACAGUCCCCACAACAGAACACUAUGACCCCUAUUGUACAGGAGUGCAUUGAUGCCAUCACUGAACACCAGAGGCUCCAUUCCUUGAUGAAAGGAGAAUGGGCUAAGGGUCUGCUACCACAAAGCAGUGUCCGGGCAGAUUUUACAGUACAAAGGAUCCGGGAGCUUGCUGAAGGAACCUGCUUGAAGAACUAUGAGUACCUAGGGAGUGGGGAGGUUUAUGACAAAGUGAACAAGAAGUGGACGCUUGAGCUUCCCACAGAUUCUCACUUGCUCUUAUAUCUCUUUUGUGCUUUCCUCGAACAUCCGAAGUGGAUGCUACAUGUGGAUCCUACAUCAUCUGCUGGAGCACAGUCUAGCAAGAAUCCUUUAUUUUUGGGUGUUCUGCCUCCAAAGGAAAGGUUCCCUGAAAAGUAUGUAGCUGCCAUAUCUGGUGUCCCGCAUGUGCUUCAUCCUGGAGCUUGUAUAUUGGCUAUUGGAAGGCAAAGUCCGCCAAUCUUUGCCUUAUAUUGGGAUAAGAAGCCACAGUUCUCUCUCCAGGGAAGAACAUCACUGUGGGAUUCUAUCUUGCUUCUGUGCCACAGGAUUAAGGUUGCAAGUGGAGGGAUUGUUCGGGGCAUGAAUCUUGGUUCUUCAGCUUUAGGCAUUCUUCCUGUUCUUGGUCCGGAAACUGAAGACUGAGAAACUUGUAAGGUGUAUUGUGGUUAAAUCUAAAUUAAGCAAUGCCUGAUUUGCAUCGGCAUCUCAAACGAGCGAUAUGCACCAUGUGGAGGGACUGCCUUGAUUUAUGAGUCUAGUUAACCAUUUUUUUUCAUUCAGCGCGCUUGCUAAAUCGGAUGACUUUCAGAGAUGCCUGAAUCGAAUUCUGAUGAUUGACUUGGAUUUGCAGUUCUGGUAGUUUUGAUGAAGACUUUGGCCUAUGACUGGAAUUUCUUUUUGAUGCUAUGAUUCAAUCUAUAUAUAUUCUUCGUAGACUUUUUUUGCUUUAUUUCACCAGGGUUAGAUGUGAUUCAAUCUAAUGGAUGACAUGUAUAGACUUGUUAGUUGGAAAUUCUUAAUAAGAUUUUGUUUCGGAAGUGAUUAUUUUAA